AAAAGUACAUGUAUAUCUCUCUAAGAUAAAAAAUUUUCCAAUUUAUUUAGAAUCCUUGAGAUAAAUCUUAAGCGUUGCCAGUAAGUCAUGCGUAGAAACUGUAGCAUUGAUUUUAAUUUUUAAUAUCUGAAUAUAACAAAAAUACUGUCGCGUAAAAGAUAUGUCCUUGGAACAUGGAAGAGAUCUCCAAAGAAUUCUGUCGGUCGAUUUUAUCUUAUCUGUUGCUGCCUCUCGCUAUAUAAACCACUAUAUUAACUAUGUAUCAUUCAUAUUAUACAUUUGCAUACAAAAGUGAGUCAGUCAGUUACGCUCAACUUCACCGAAAGUUCUAUAAUUAUACUUUAAUAUCGUUUAGAACAAAGCAAUCAUGCAUCGCAACAUUGACUGUUCUACAUUUUAUCGCGUUUAGUAAAUUAUUCCGCUAAACAAAGUUUACCUUAAACUCCCACUCACGCAUUCUUUUACUAUCAGUUAAAAAAUAAUGCUUUGCUUGCUCGAUAUGUGCCAGAUCGCGUAGUUUCUCGUCGAGUAAAGUUAGACAAAGUACUCGAUUUUUGGCGAACUUCAAUAGUUUUCGUGCGUGAAAAGAAUUGUUUAAUUUAAAUUGCAAUUAUAUACAAGUAAUAACGAUUAUUUAAAUAUAGCUUAAAUGUAAUUUUCUUUAAUCAAACAACGUAAUCUCUCGAAAUAAGAUAACGCUCCCAUCUUGGCAAACCGCAAUUUCUGCGGCGCAAUUUUCUAAGAAAAUUCAUUAAAGACAAAUCGCAUAAUUAUAUGAAUAAAAAUGCAACGUUAUUGACACGAUCCAUUUGAUCGUUCGACCAUAAUAGAAUUCUUUUAUUGCGCGCACGAUAUACAUAGGCUAAACACACAAGUACGAGAACAUGAUACUGUUUAAUAACAUAAUUAGAGAACAUUCCUGUAGUGUCAGUUUUUUAACCGGGACACCGAUCGAAUAUCUAAAUUGCAGUCUUAUAGAUGUCGUAUUCAAAUCCGUUUGCAGAAUGUAAUCUGGAUGUAUUAACAGGUGCUUUGUGUGUCUUUUGCGUUGUGUUAUCGUGUGCAUCGAGUCGUGCAACAUCAAUGCAUGAUUGAAUUCGUAAUGAGUCGUGCGAGAUGUAUCAUGACAGUUUCGUUAUGCUUUAAUUAUACGCGUCUUGUUUCGAAGAAACGCGACAACCCAUAGAAAAAAGAACAAUCGUAGAUAGAAGAGAAAAAAAUUUGGUGUAAUUAAAACACGCGAUAUUCGAGGAAUUCGGGGAAUAUCAGGAAGAUUUUCCGAGUGACGUGGCAAAAUGGCACGAAAAUCUAAGGAUAUAUGGAAAUACAAUGUAUUAGUCGAGGCAUUUGGGAAUGGCGAUGAUGACACCGAUUACGAGGGUACGACGCAUCUGGUGCGCGUGCCGCGCGAGCAUUCCGCGGACGAAAUCAGCACGGUUAAAAUCGGUAUCCAGGGAAUGACCUGUCAGAGUUGCGUAAGGAACAUCGAGGGGAUGAUCGGCGAGCGAUCGGAUGUCGUCAGUAUCAGGGUAGUCCUGGAGGAGAUGGCCGGCUAUAUCGAGUACAGGACGCGCGAGACGACGCCGCAAGAAUUGGCGGACGCCAUCGAGGACAUGGGUUUCACCGUCAGUCUGCCAAUAUCCGAUGACGUAACGAAGAACGAAACCAACAAUACCCUCAUCUCCAUAGUACCUGCCAGCAGAAUCUGCAACAUACACGUAGACGGAAUGACUUGUUCGUCGUGCGUUAAGAACAUCACCAGUGUUCUGUCCGAAAAGCCCGGUAUAAAGAAUGUCAAUGUUAACCUGGAGGGUAAGGAAGCCAAGGUCUCUUAUAAUAGCGGCGACGUAACGGCCGAUCAGAUAGCAGCGUACAUAGAAGACAUGGGUUUUACCGCAUACGUCAAGGAAGUGGACGACAAGGCUGUGAAAUCGUACGCGAUUACCAAUAAUAACAAAAAGGCGGAACCGAUGCAAGCGAACGGCGCCGGUGACAUCAAGGGAAAAUUGUCAAAGUGUUUCUUACAUAUAACGGGUAUGACUUGUGCUUCCUGUGUCGCCGCGAUAGAAAAACACUGUAAAAAGUUAUAUGGCGUAAACAACAUAUUGGUGGCGUUAAUGGCCGCUAAAGCGGAGAUCACGUACGAUCCCGACAAGAUAAGAGCGGUGGAUAUUGCUUCCAGUAUAUCGGAAUUGGGCUUUCCUACGACUCUAAUCGAAGAAUCCGGGACUGGAGAAGGCGAGAUUGAAUUGAAAAUCUUGGGCAUGACGUGUGCAUCGUGCGUAAAUAAAAUAGAAUCGACCGUGAAAAAGUUGCCCGGUAUACGAUCGGCAGUAGUCGCUCUUGCGACGCAACGGGGAAAGUUUAAGUACAACGUGGAAAAAACCGGUAUCAGGGAUAUCGUCGAAAGUAUUAAUAAAUUAGGCUUUACAGCUAGUUUGUUCAGCAACCGAGAUAAAGAAAAUAGAGAUUAUUUAGACCAGAAAGAAGAAAUAAGCAAAUGGCGAACGGCGUUCUUAGUAUCAUUGAUCUUUGGAGUUCCGUGCAUGAUAGCGAUGACGUACUUCAUGUUAAUCAUGUCCAUCGGCGAUACGACGCACGAGGAAAUGUGUUGCAUAGUACCUGGUCUCUCCUGGGAAAAUCUAAUACUAUUUGUGUUCUCCACACCGGUACAGUUUUUCGGUGGCUGGCAUUUCUAUGUGCAAGCCUACAAAGCACUGAAACACGGCACAACCAAUAUGGAUGUCUUAAUCUCAAUGACCACUACGAUCUCAUAUAUUUAUUCUUUCGCCGUCCUAACUGCUGCUAUGAUAAUGCAAGAGAAUGUCAGUCCACAGACGUUCUUCGAUACCCCACCGAUGCUGUUAGUUUUCAUCAGUCUAGGAAGAUGGCUCGAGCAUGUGGCAAAAGGGAAAACGUCCGAAGCUCUUUCGAAAUUGCUAUCUUUGAAAGCCACGGAUGCGGUAUUAGUCACGCUGGGUCCGAACAACGAAAUAUUAUCCGAGCGUUUAAUAAGCAUUGAUCUAGUACAACGCAACGACGUGCUGAAAGUAGUUCAGGGCGCCAAAGUUCCUGUCGAUGGCCGCGUGCUAUCCGGUCAGUCGACCUGCGACGAGAGUCUGAUUACGGGCGAAAGUAUGCCGGUGCCAAAGAAGAAGGGCUCGGUGGUGAUUGGCGGCUCAAUCAAUCAGAAUGGACCGUUGCUAAUCACCGCUACGCAUACGGGUGAGCACACGACGUUGGCGCAGAUCGUUCGCUUAGUAGAGGAGGCGCAGACGAAUAAGGCGCCGAUUCAACAGCUGGCCGACAAGAUAGCCGGCUAUUUCAUACCUGUUGUUAUAGUAGUUUCCAUAGUGACACUGAUAAUCUGGAUUAUCAUCGGCUACAUGAACGUUGAGCAGCUGCCCAUAUUGCACAAUGAGCAGAUCAAUAAACAUGGCAUGAAUCGCGAAGAGAUCAUAUUUCAGUACGCCUUUCGGAGCGCCCUAGCAGUGCUCGCGAUUGCCUGUCCUUGCGCACUCGGUUUAGCCACGCCAACCGCGGUUAUGGUCGGCACAGGGGUAGGCGCGUUGAAUGGUAUUCUGAUCAAGGGCGCCGAACCGUUGGAAAAUGCACAUAAGGUUAAAUGCAUUGUCUUUGACAAGACGGGAACGUUGACGCACGGUGUGCCGAUUGUCACCAAGAUCGGUUUGUUUGUGGACGAGAAGAUCUGCUCGUUAGCAAAGCUGCUGAUGAUCGUCGGCACGGCGGAAAUAAACAGCGAACAUCCUAUUGCGUCGGCGAUUGUACGCUAUGUGAAAGAUACGAUCGGAUCGGGUGCUACUGGACAAUGCACAAAUUUUCAAGCGGUCGCUGGCUGCGGUCUUAAGUGUAAGGUGUCCCAUCUGAGCACUGUUCUGUCUGAUGCUCUAAAAUCCGAGAAAAUCAUCAACUAUGUAAAUCAGACAAACAAUGCGCCGGCCGGAACGUACAAUCUCAAUAACGUGCCUAUCGACAAUGUACCGAUUGUCGAAUCGACGCGGGAGAGACAAAACUUAGAUUUGCAAUUACUGUUAAAUCCCGAUUCGCAAGGCGAUCGGAACAUCGCCGACGACGUGUACGAAGUCUGUAUUGGUAAUCGAGAAUGGAUGCGUCGGAAUGCGAUCAAUAUCCCACAGGAGAUCGACACGAGGAUGGUUAAUGAAGAGGAUCUCGGACAUACUGCUGUCUUAGUCGCUGUAAAUAAUGUCCUGAUUGCUAUGAUCAGCGUCGCCGAUACCGUAAAGCCUGAGGCGCAUCUCGCGGUCUACACUUUGAAGAAAAUGGGAUUGCAAGUGAUUCUUUUGACGGGUGAUAACAGGAAAACCGCGGCUUCAAUCGCCAGACAGGUUGGCAUCAGCAGAGUUUUCGCGGAAGUGUUGCCGUCUCAUAAGGUGGCUAAAAUUCAACGACUACAAGAUCAGGGUUUAAGAGUCGCCAUGGUGGGGGACGGUGUCAAUGACAGUCCGGCUCUAGCUCAAUCGGAUGUCGGUAUCGCCAUCGCAUCGGGAACUGACGUUGCCGUAGAAGCUGCCGACGUGGUUUUGAUGCGCAAUGAUCUUCUGGAUGUAAUCGCAUGCUUGGAUCUAUCGCGGAAAACGGUCUGCAGAAUAAGACUAAAUUUCUUAUUCGCCAGUAUCUACAAUCUUUUGGGCAUUCCCAUAGCCGCUGGAAUAUUUAGUCCUGUCGGCCUUUUUCUGCAACCGUGGAUGUCCUCCGCUGCCAUGGCUUUAAGUUCAGUUUCCGUGGUGGGAAGUUCUUUACUAUUGAAACUUUAUCGGAAACCGACUAAAGCCACAUUGGAAACUACUGAAUAUCUAGCAGCUAUACACGCCCACUCCACAGCACGAAUGAUUGAUCUAGACGCGAUAUCACUUCAUCGUGGAUUGGAUGAUUCGGUCGCACCAGUCAUGAACAGAUCGACGUCCACAUUAUCCAGAAUAUUUGGAAAGUCGAAAGUCGAUGCAGAGGGCCACCUUCUUGGUGAGGAAGACGAGAUUGAUUUGGCUGUGAAUUUCUCGCAUUAUCGUAAAAACGCGAAAGACCCUAUGGAUAUAACUCCUGUAUGAGCCUCUUGCAAGGCUAUAUGACAAGCAUAUUUCUUCCAUUGACUUAUAUUUUAUAGUAAAUUAAUAUAACAGUAUCUAUAUUUUUAAUUUCAUGUCUUUUACAAUUAACGAAGUUAACUGUAUAAAUAGUCAACUAAUAAUUUUAAUAUUGAUAUUUAUAAUUUUUAUCUGCCACAUAUUUAACAUAUUUUAAAUUAAAAUUCAUCGGAAAUGAUACCAUUAACUAGUACGAAACUUUGUUGCUUUGUGAGUUCAUAUAUAGAUUGACCAAACAUUUUUAAAUAGACUUUGUAUAUUAAGUGUAAAAAAGAAUGUAUGUCGAUUUAAUUAUGGAAUUCUUAUAAUAGUACUUUUUUUAUUAUAAUUAACAGAUACAAGUUUUAUACCAGUACUUUUCGAUACAUACCGCAUACAGGUGUACUUAAUUCAAAUAGUAGGAAAGGAAAAUUAUAUACAUUAAAACAAGUAUAAUAUAUAGAUAUAUUGUGUAUUAUAAUCUGCCUGUAUAUUUAGUUUUAAAUUAUACAUCAGUUCUUUUUUAUUCUAGGAGCGUUUCAUAAAUCAAACUACAGUUUUAAAUUAUACAUCAGUUCUUUUUUAUUCUAGGACCGUUUCAUAAAUCAAACUAAAAAUGUAAAUGAUAUUUAAAAUGUAAAAAAAUGCGAGACUACAAUUACAAUGUCUGCAUUAAAUAAAAAAAAA